AUGGUCAAGUGUACAGGAGAUCUGGCUCAGGCCUCUGCCACAAACAUCCUCCGCCAGAUCAUCAGUCAGGCCAAGAGACAUCUGAGCUUGAUCCCCCUUUUUGUAUUUACUGGAGCUGGAGGUACUAGAGCAGCACUGUAUCUCUUGUGUCUGGCAUUGUUCCAUCCAGAUGUUAGUUGGAACAGAAAGAAUAACCCAGAGCCCUGGAACAAACUGGGUCCCAAUGAUCUAUACAAGUUCUACUCAGUGAAUGUGGAUUACAGCAAACUGAAGAAAGAAGGUCCAGAUUUCUAAAUGAAAUGUUUCACUAUAAGGCUGCUUUAGAAUGAAGGUCUUCCAGAAGCAAUCCACA